AUGGAACGUUGGAAUAAGCGGAUUGCUGUGGUUACUAGAGCCAGCGCGGGCAUAGGUGCAUCUAUUGCCAAAGAUCUUCUAUCGACCGGUUUAAUUGUUGUCGCCUUAGCUCGACGCAAAUUUCUCAUUGAAGAAUAUAAAAAUGAAUUGCCAGAUAAUUUACAACUCAAUCUUCAUGCAGUACAAUGUGAUCUUUCCAUUCUAAACUCAGUUACGGACGCCUUCGAUUGGAUUGAAGCCAAUUUGGGAGGCAUUGGUAUUUUGGUCAACAAUGUGGAUCUUAGUGUUGUACAAAAUUCACUUCAAGUUAAUAUAUUGGGAGUGGUGGCUUGUACUCAGCAUGCCUUCAAAUCGAUGAAACAACGAAACGUAGAUGGGCACGUGAUUAUUAUCAAUAGUACAUUGGGCCAUAAUGUACCCGCUGUGCCAGGCAUAGAGAAUUUAAACAUAUAUCCUUGCACUAAAUAUGCCUUGACCGCUAUUACUGAAAUGUAUCGCCAAGAAUUUAAAGGUUUGGGUACAAAAAUAAAAAUUACUAGUAUUAGCCCUGGACUUACAGAUACUGAAAUGGUUGCUAUUGGAGGAGCCACAUAUGCUCACAGAACGAUAGCCCAAAAGGACUCCGAAAAUAGUUCAAUGUUAAAACAUGAAUUCGUUCAUGCAUGUCCAGCUUCGAUAAUAUUUCGUGUAUAA